AUGCAAUGGAUAAAAACAUUAAAAAAUAUAACAGAAAAUGGUGGUAGUAGAGUUAUUUUGGAAUGUCAAGUUCAAUCAUCAUAUCCAGUAUCAUUUAAUUGGUAUCGAUAUAAUAAUCCGCUUGAUAAAAGACGCUAUUCAAUUGAUCAAACGACAUUCCGAUCGAGUAUAAAUUUAAAUAAUUUAAAAGAAUCCGAAGCAGGUUUUUAUACAUGUGAAGUAUCGAAUGGUUUUCAAACAUUAAUAUCAACUGGUUUUGUUCGAGUUAAAAAUCCAGUUGGUAUUGAUCAUAUUGAUUUAAAUGAUGAAUUAUUACCAUCUAUUGAAUUUCAACCAGAAAUUAUUAUGAAUAACGAUGAAACAUCAAAUAAAUUAAAAUGUGAAUUAUAUACAGGUAGUAUAUGUCGUUCAAUAAUAUCUUCUCAAUAUAUAUCAACAGCAAAUCGAAAUCAGAAAACUAUUGAAGAUACUUUAAUUGAAAAUUUAAAAUUUUUUACUAAUAAUCAACUUUUAUCAAAUGAAUGUCGUAAAUUAUUAUUACCAAUGAUAUGUUUAUUUACAUAUCCAAUAUGUGAUAAUGAUCGUUUAAAUACACGUUCAGUAUGUCGUCGUUCAUGCUAUUAUUUUCAAAAUGAUGCCUGUCCAAAUUUAUUUAAUUUUCAACAUCCACAAACAUAUUCAAAUUUUGAACUUUUACAAAAUAUGCCGACAUGUGAUAAUUUACCACCUACAAGUGAUGAUUCAUCAUGUAUGAGUCUUGAUCAAACAGUACCAAUUCAUCGAAAUGACUCAUUACCAUCAAAUUCUCAUUCAAUAGUACGACGUCCAUCAUUAUUACCAUCAAUAUCACUUGUUAUAGUUCUAUUAAGCAUUUUUAUUCCGCUUGUUCUUAUAUUUUUAUUAAUGUUACUUCUUUGUUGGUGUUGUCAUCAUCGAAAUAAUAAUAGUCAUUUAUCAACAUGUUCAUCAACACCAAUUAAGAAAUCUUCACAUCUUAUUAAUACAGUUACAUCAUCACCAUUUCGUGCAUCAAUAACAACAAAUAUUCAUAAACAAAAUUCACGUCAUAUACCAUCAUCAUCAUCAUCAACAAAUACAAAUUUUACAAAUACAUAUCUUCGACAAACAUUACUUAAAGCGGAAGCAAAACAUUCAAAUAUUCAUCAUCAUUCAUUAUCAGAAAAUUCAUUGUGUGAAAUACCAUUUACAAAUAUAAGAUUUUUACAAGAACUUGGUGAAGGUGAUUAUGGACGAAUAUACAAAGGUGAAUUAAUUGAUAAUUCAAAUAAAUGUAUAAUAAAAACUUUACAAGUUGAAUAUGCAACACAACAAAAUCGUGACGAAUAUUCACGUGAAAUAGAAAUUUUUCGUCAUAUACGUCAUGUCAACAUAUCUUGUCUACUUGGUAUUUGUAUUCAACCACAAGAUGCAAUUUCAAUAAUGAUCUAUGAACGUUUAAAUGAUGGUGAUUUACAUGAAUAUUUAUUACAACGUUCAACAACAAUAUCAUUGUAUCAACAACGUGAUUUAACAGAUUUUCUUUAUAUAUCAAUACAAAUUAUAUCAGGAAUGAUUUAUUUAGCGGAAAAAAAUUUUGUUCAUAAUGAUUUAUCAGCGAAAAAUAUUCUUAUAUCAGAACAUAUGGAUAUAAAAAUUUCAAAUAUAGCACGUUAUCGUCCAAAAUAUGAUACAGAUUAUUAUAAAAUAGCUAAUCGUUCAUUACCUGUACGAUGGAUGGCAAUUGAAUCUUUAUUAUCAGGUAUAUAUUCUGAAAUGUCAGAUAUUUGGUCAUUUGGUGUUUUACUAUGGGAAAUAUUUUCAUAUGGUACUCAACCAUAUUAUGGACGAACAAAUCCUGAAGUUAUUGAAAUGAUACGUGAUAGAAAAUUAUUAACAUGUCCAACGAAUUGUCCAAAACGAAUUUAUGCCGUAAUGUGUUCAUGUUGGGAAGAACUUAGUGAGCAACGACCAACAUUUAUUGAACUUAUGAAAAGAUUUCGACAAUUUGAAGAAAAAUCAGCAACAUUAUCAUCAACAACAUCAUCAUCUUUAGUUGAUGUACAACCUGUUGGAAAUCAAGGAAAUAUACAAACACCAAAAUAUCAAACAUUUAUUGCACCACCGACAACAUCAUCGUUUGUGCGUAAUGAUACACUUCCAACUAGCGGACGAAAUGCUCCACAAUCAGUGGUUGUUGAUAGAGAUAGUAUCCGUUUUGAAGUCUAA